AUGCUCCUGGAGAAGCUUCCGAAGAAGGUGAGGGGGAUGACAGUAUCCGAGUUCUUCUCGCAGGGAGGGAUUUCUUCCUCAGACGUACAGCUUGCAGAGCUCCAGCAGCUCAUUCAGACGUUUGGUGGCUCUGACUCGGCUAGGGUGGAGGAGCCAGACCUGCCCCCUCAGACUCCCUUCCGAGUCAUCAACAACCCCAACGGGUCCACGACGGUGCUGAGGACCACGCGCCGAACAUGCAAGAUCUCCAACAUUUCGGACUCCGAUGGCGGCAAGGGCGUGGAGAAUGAUCCUGCUCCGCGAACCACCAGGAGAGCAACGCGACAGAACGCGAUCACAGCAACCCCCGCGGCUGGAACAAGCAAGGUCCCCCAGACACCUAUCUUCAACAGCGCACUUCCCUUCACUCCCGCGGGCGAGGAUUCGAUGAUCAUGGAUGGGGAGAACAAGAUUGCCGCGUUCGAGAUCGCUACUGGAUCAUCGAAUGGGGAGACAGUAAAUCUGGCAAAUCCUGACGCAUGUGCUAAACUCCCCAAGCACCUGCGGCUGAAAGCAGCUCAGAACGUGCUAGCCAUGCAGGCCCAGCUCGAGGCCAUGCUGGCCACCUUGCGAUAA